GCCACACUUCACAGGUAUAACUCAAUCAAAACGGUAAGCAAUAUAAUUGACGACAACACCCGAACCGCCAAAAUGGAGGUUCAAAGCCCACCUAAACGUAUGACGCGAGCGAGGGCAGCUGCAAAGGCUACCAGUGGUGACGCGACUUCGAAACCCACGAAGGUCGUGACCGCCUCGGCGAAGGCCACUGCCACCACCACCCGCACAACUUCUUCCAUGAAGCGCAAGGCCAGACCCGACGACCUGGGCGACCAUGAGGAACCAACAUCCACCACAGACAUUAUGAACAAGCCGCCCGCCAGAACACGCGGCAGACCCAAGAAAGUUGUCGAGCCUCAACCCGAGCCCGAGCCCGAGCCAGAACAGGCUGCCCCGACAGAGGAGGCACCAGCUCCCGCUCCGAAGGCAACGCGAGGCCGACCCAAGAAGAUCGCCACGGAAGCUCCGAAGAUAGAACCAGGCAAGAAUACGCGAGCACGCGCUACCAGAAAGACACGGUCAGAGGAAGAGAAUGGAGAGCCCGUCAAGAAGACGACCCGAGGCCGGGCUGCUUCGAAUGCUGCAAAGGAUGGUGCCAUCUGCACCACAGUGAACACCAACCCCACACCAGGCUUGAAGUCGGCCGUGUCCCGACCAGCUUUCCGGACUGCUGCCGUCAAGAAGUCGGUCACCUUCCAGGAGCCGCAGAGGGAGAAUAAGGAGAACCUACUGCCCCCCGCCGCAGUGAAGGCCAAGACAAAGACUACAGACUCCACCACUACCACUGCAACUGCCACUGGCAUGCGAGCCAGGCCUAUACGAAAACCUGCUGCAGGUGGCAGAAUGACGCGGGCGAGCGCCAGAACAAGAACCACUUCAAACGACAAGAACGAGAAGCCAGCUCCACUCAGUCCCAAGAAAGACAGCCAGAACCGGCCCCUGUCUAGACAAAGCAGCUCAGAUGAUGAACUUGCCAUUGACGAGAAGACCCCUCUCAAGCCAUUGAUGAAGAGCCCCGUCAAGCCGCCCUCCAGUACCAGGAAACUUGAUCUUGGAGUUCCCGCCACACAGGAGCCUGUCGAGGAAGAGGUCGAGGAACCGUCUGAGCCCACGGGCGUGUCGGUGUUUGGCAGCCCGGCAAGACGGCCACCUUCUUCUCCUUGGAAGGAUGCUAUGAAGUCGCCGGCCAAGCGGGUCGACGCCAUUCCUUCGCUGAUCCUUUCGGCUCACAAACAGAGCACCGAGACUACGCAGUCUCCCUUCAAGACCUCAAUGCUUCAGUCGCCCGCAAAGCGACCUCAAGUCCCCAUUCAGGGUCUCCAGGCUCCAUCUCAUGAGCUAUCAGAUCAACGCCGAUCGCCGCUGAAGAUGUCGCUUCUGAAUUCGCCAGCAAAGCGACCAAUGUCGCCGCUGAAGCCCCUGGGAACUAUGAUUCGACCCGCAGAGGACCAGGUUGAGGAGCCGGAAAACGCAGGGAAACCCGAAUGUGAAGCUGGGGAGGAGCUACCUACUGAGGAGGCAGUCGAAACUGCAUCCGCUAUGGAGGAGGAGAUGCCCGAGAGGGCUGAGGCUGUUGUUGAAAAUGUUGUUAUGACUGAGGACUACGACGGAGAUGCCAUGACCGACGAUGUGAAUGAAGCACAAGUAUUACAACUCGAGUCUCCGAGUCAACUCGAAUUCCCUGGCCGCCUAUCUGCCGUUCUGGCCCGCAGCGCAGACCCUGCGCUCCGAGAAAAAACUUCGCCCGUCAAGGCCGCUACCGAUGCGGUCAGCAACGAAAGUCGUCCGGCUGAACCGGAAGCCUCUGUCGAGGAGUCGGCGGAAGAUCCUAUGGAUAUUGACGAGGAUCAGGAAGAAGAUGCUGGCGCGCGCAGUCCUGAGACGACGCCUCCCCGCUCCAUUAUUCGACCUAAGAACCCCUUCUUUGGCUUGCGUGAGAAGGAUCUCACAACGUCUAUCAAUUACGAUUCUGAAGACGAGCUCGCUUCUAGUGGCAAGGGUCUGUCUACGUUCCAGGAUGACAACACGCAGAGCUUCAACGCUGUGCCUGCAACUCCCACCCCGGCAAACUCGAAGACCCCCCGAAAUGAGCUGCCAUCAAGCGCCAUCAAGGCUGCUAGCCGCGCCAUCAGAUCGGUCUCACGAGGUUCCAAGCUUGGCUACACACCUCUUGCCAGACAACUGAAUGAAUGGAAGGCAGGCAGCCCUUCUAAGCUCGGCCACGAAUCGCCCCUUGGCAAUGCUCAAAUAACCGAGGAAGAUAUUUCUUUGGUUCAGGCAUCUCCCGCAAAAUAUACUUUCUUCGAUGACGAGAUGAAGGUCCGGGACGAUAUGGAAGCUGACGAGGCUGCUCUUGUGGCUGCCAUGGAGGCGGAUAUCGCUGCUAACUACGAUGAUCCGGAAUUCGAUGACAUUGCCUUGACUAACGAGGAUGUUCAGCUCGCUGCCGAGGCGAACGAGAUGUCACUCCUCGAGCCAGAGCAAAUCGAUGAGAUGCUUGACCUUCAGAACCACGACGGUUCGAUUUCGGAAGCCAGUCAGGAGUAUGGCGAUGAAAAUGCUAUUCCCAUUGACCCAACUCUGCUUACCCAAGCCUCCCGUUCCUCCAUGGCUGCAGUCCCUCCUGUCACGCCUAUACGCCAUUCUGCGCCGCGACCUUUCAACACCACCACCAAGGUCCCGCUGAAGCCUGCCGAUGAUUCCACCCCGCGAAUUAAGAAGCGCAGCGCUAGUGUCUCUAAGCCCCCCCCGAAUCGACCUACAGGUCCCAUUAGGAACGCGACUGUCAUUUCGUAUUCUCCGACGAAGGAGUUUUCCAACUUGGACAUUGAUCAGCAUGACGAGGCGGAGGAGAAUCAGAACCCCCCUGUUACUCCAUCCAAGUCGGACAUUUGGUCGUCAAUGGGCACUCCUGCUCGCACACCCCGUCGAGACCUCAACCCUGCCUUGCUCCGAGGUGCUGUCGUCUUCGUUGAUGUGCACACAAGUGAAGGUGCGGAUGCUAGCACUGUGUUUAUUGAGCUGCUUACACAGAUGGGUGCCCGCUGUGUCAAGAGUUGGCCGUGGAAUCCCAUCAGUGCCGCCAACACUGACUACUCAGCCUCAAAGAUCGGCAUCACCCAUGUUGUGUUCAAGGAUGGUGGCAAGCGGACUAUGGAGAAAGUUCGAGAGAGCGGAGGUGUCGUCCAAUGUGUCGGCGUUGGUUGGGUCUUAGACUGCGAGCGAGAAAAUGAGUGGCUCGAAGAAGCACCUUACUACAUCGACACCACAAUGGUGCCUCGUGGAGGUGCUCGUCGCCGUAAGAGCAUGGAGCCCAAGGCCCUUGCCAACCUCAACGGCACGCUAGUCACGCCCAUGAAGCAGACCGCUGGCCCGCCCCGCGAGUGUCAGACUGUUCCCAACAACCACGUCAGUCGACGAGAGAGCACUGCUUGGAUACGCACUCCCUCUGAUCGUGAUGAUGAUGAUGAGAAUAUGGACGCUGCUGGCGAGGAUGACUGGGACGCUGUUGGCGUACUUACUCCGGUGCCUAAGACACCUGCCCCGGAAUCCAUCCGCCAGUUCGCAAUGGAUGUCACUCCCGAGACCCCAGCUGCAACUUCCGUCGGCGACGACUCUUUUGAGCAGGAUCAGUUUCUGAUGCGCACCGCGCCACCUAAGCAGAGCAUUUACGCCGACCUUGGCGAGGGUUUAUUACGCCAGGACAAGGACCAAAACGUCGUCAUGAGACUCAUGGCUGCGCGACGCAAGAGCCUGCAAUUCGCGCCCAAAAUCGCGAGUCCUUUGAGCAAGGCAUGGAAUUAGAUCACCAUCACCACUUAGGAGUGAGUGUUUUGUGGUCAUCGUGAUGUUUUUGGAGUUUGUCUCCAGGAUUGAGGAGACCUUUGAUUGUUUGAUUAUACCAUAUAUACGCCCGAGUUUGGCUUGGCUGGAAGGGGGAGGAAUCGUUCACCUGAAAUUGGUGCCUCAUACAUAGGCUCGGUCUAGAAGGGCAUCGGCGUACCGGCACUUGUGUUUUUGUCACUCCUCACAGCAGGGAAGAUGGGCCUAGUUGGCAUUGGCGUUUGUGGACGACAGGAGUAGCAUUCUUUGUUUUAAUCUGCCUUCUUGUAUGGAUAUGGCUCGAGUUCUGGCUCAGGUUGACAGGUUCGUUUUCAUAGUGGACUCACAGCUCGCUUGGCUUGGGGGACUAGAAUUUGACUUGUUCAUCAUCACAUAUGGAUGUUUUGUUCUACACUGUGUGCGUUGUUGUGCAAUAAACAUUUGACAUAGUGUAGAGUCUCUAGACAGUUGAACUAAAG